AUGUCUGCCAAAACUUAUCUCAUCACCGGCGCCAACCGAGGAAUCGGUUUCGCUCUUGUCAAACAGUUGAGUGCCGAAUCUAAAAACACGAUUAUUGCAACCGCACGGAAGCCCGAAGACGCUGCUGAGUUGAAUGAAUGGAGUGCCAAACACCCAAACGUCAAAAUCCUGAAGCUGGACGUAAUCUCCAGCGAAAGUGUCCAGGCUGCCGCAGAAGAGGCAGCAAAGAUUUUGCCCGAGGGUUUGGACGUCUUGGUCUCGAACGCCGGUUUCCUGAAAAAUAUCGGACCCUUCUUGGACUGUCCAGACGAGCUCUACAUUGAGCAAUUCAAUGUCAACACCGUUGGUCCAAUCAGAUUGGUGAGGGCUUUCAAAUCUCUACUUGAUAAAAAGGAGAGCAAAGAGGUGGCCAUCGUCACUUCCGUCGUUGGGUCCCUCAACAUCGACUUACCAAUGCCAUUUUCUGGCUACGGAGUCUCUAAAGCCGCUAUCAACUACGCAAUUAAAGGAUUGAGCCAGGACCUAUCUCCUGUAGGAUACAGUUUUGUGGCCAUCCAUCCAGGCCUGGUAGGCAGCGACAUGGGCGACUAUUCUUUGACGGAAAUGGGCAAUCAUGUCGCUGGUGAAAUGAAAAAGGCUCUGCCAUACCUCACUCCGGAUGAGUCUGCGACUGCAAUCAAUCAAAACGUUUUGAAGAACUUGAAGGCUAAAAAUGCAGGCAAAUUCUUGAGCUACGACGGUUCCGAACUUCCAUGGUAA